UAAAAUUGCUGAUUUCGCAGAUCAUGGAGGUAUUAAUUCAGAUUGCAAGGAAAGAAGACUUUGAGCUAUCUAUGAACUUUGCUGCUAAGAUUGCUGCCAAAUCAAAGCAAAACCUGAGGAAAGCAAUCAUGGCUCUUGAAGCCUGCAAAGCACACAACUAUCCUUUUGCCGAUGACCAGCCUAUUCCACUUGGAUGGGAAGAGGUCGUGAAGGAACUUGCAACCGAAAUCCUGGCCGAUCCAUCGCAUAAAAGGCAAGUUUUUUUUAGCUUUUAUAUUUUGAAAUAUUAUCUUGGCUUUUAA